GACAAGCGAUUUAAGGAGGAAAAUGAACGAGGAGGAAACGUUCACAGGCUGGUGAGAGAACUGGAGGAACAGGUGACACAUUUGCAAGCAGAACUACGAGAGAAAGAGUUGAGAGAGACCAGCUUACAUGAACAGCUGAAGAAAAAAGAACAACUUGAAGAAAAUGAACGAGGAGGAAACGUUCACAGGCUGGUGAGAGAACUGGAGGAACAGGUGACACAUUUGCAAGCAGAACUACGAGAGAAAGAGUUGAGAGAGACCAGCUUACAUGAGCAGCUGAAGAAAAAAGAACAACUUGAAGAAACUUUGAGAAAACAAUCGACUGAGAUGGGGCAGCAGCUGACAAACCUGCGUGGACAAGUACAAGAGAGUAAGGAACAAAUGCGAGAUGUAACCCAGCAAAUGACGAUUGUCCAAGGAAAGCUACAAGAAAAAGAUGAAGAAACUGCUAAAUUACAGAAUCAAGCUAGUGCCCUAAGGCAACAACUGGAGAAAAAAGACCAGGAAAUGAAUGAAUUGGAAACAACUCUGUCCACAGCUCAGGAUGAGUUACGUGAACUUCAACGACAACAGUCCCCUGAGUGGGUCAUUUCACGGGAUCACAUUCAGCUAACAGGUAGAUUUCUCGGCGAAGGAGGCUGGGCAAGAGUUGUGGAAGGCAAAUAUUGUGGUUGUUCGGUUGCGGUGAAACAGAUGCAUAAGUUGAAUCUCUCUCCUUACAACCGCAAGUUAUUUGAGCGAGAAAUGGAUAUUGCAUCGAAAUGCCGCCACCCUUGCUUGCUGCAGUUCAUUGGAGCUACAAAUGACGAAAAGAAUCCAUUGUUUGUAACAGAGCUGAUGGAAACAAGUUUACGUACUCUGUUGGAACAGAGAGCUCUUUCUGAGGCUGAAUUGUCUUUUAUUUCCCUGGAUGUGGCUCGGGCGCUGAACUACCUUCACCAAAAGCAACCAUCUCCUAUCAUUCAUCGCGACAUCAGCAGUGCAAAUGUGCUACUUUGGCGACAGGGUGAACAUUGGCGAGGCAAAGUGUCGGAUUAUGGAACUGCCAACUUUAUGCAGCAGACCAUGACAGUUGCUCCUGGUGCCAUGAUAUACAGUGCUCCUGAAGCGCUUACUAAAAAUCAAACCGUUAAGGUUAGCUUUAAUUUGUUUAUUGUAUAUAUGCGUGCAUUUCACGUGCAGGUAAGUUUAUGAAUUGACUUAAACUUAAGGUAACGGACAUUAAUAUUUUUAUAUUUACAGACAUUUAAUAUUUUUUUUAUUUUGUUGACAUAAAAUAGACAGUAUGCGUUAUUGACAGGCCGGAUUGGUAUUAUACUGUAUUCAUGUAUAUUAGCCUAACAGGUCUGAUCUUUGAGGUAAGGUUUUUAUUGUUCCUAGGACAUACUGACAAUGCUAGUUGGGCUAAUCUACUUGAAUACAAAGGAAUACUAAUCGAGUCUGCCAUGGGUCUGUAUAGUCAAGUGUUAUCGCUUAUCUCGAGAUAGAAAUGGAUCGAGACAUUUUCACUCACUUUGACGUAAGAAACUAGUGCAGUGUUGUAUUUCCUCUCAUUUUUGUCCCUUAUCUUGUUCAGGUUGAUGUGUACAGUUUUGGUGUCCUCCUCUGUGAGAUGUGCAUCCGGGAAUUGCCAGAUCCAAUGAGGCGUGAUCGGCAAGUCGCCAUGGUUAAAAACAAAUUGAAUCGAGCCCUUAUCCGGGGAUGUUUGCAAUCAGAGCCCGAGGCGAGACCAAGCAUACAGGAGAUCAUUGAUGAACUUGAGGAACCUGUUUAA